GUCAACGUCAACUACGAAUGUCAAGUUGUCAAGCGUAUGGCUGCAAAGUUGUGCUGCAAAUAGUAAAAUUAUAAUAUGAAUUUUUCAAUUACAAUUUAUACGUAAUUUCUCGAAAUAUAGUAUUAGUGAGACAUUUUAGUGCAUGUGUUAAGUUUGUGUGAUUAUUAAAAAAUGGGUAAAUCACGGUCUAGAAGUCGGACUCCCAGCCGAACCCCUCGAAAACAUCACAAGAGCAAGCAUCAUAAAAGAAGCAAAUCUAGUGAGAGAAGCUCUAGCUACAAAAAUUCCGAUAGAUUUGAGAAGAUCAAAGACAGAAGCGUAAAGUCCAGAAAACGUUCACAUUCAAUUUCUUCCACAUCGAGCAGCGAAGCUUCCGUAGACGUGAUGAUGCGUGAAAAGCAUUCAAAAAAACACAGAGUUCGCAAAAUGGACGAGGUCGAACGCCUCGCGGAGAUGGAACGGCAGAGGCGACAACGAGAAGCAGAACAGAGGCUGAUCGAGGAGGAGACUGCCAAGAGGAUAGAAGAGUUGGUAAAGAAGAGAGUCGAAGAAGAACUGGAGAAAAGGAAGGACGAAAUCGAGCGGGAGGUUACCAAGCGGGUAGAAGAAGCGAAGAGGAUAAUGGAGAAAGAGAUGAUGGAAGACUUGGAGAGGAGACGGGAGAAGCAAUUGGAAGAAGAAAGGCGUAGACAGGAGGAAGAGCGUAAAAAGCAAGAGAUCGUCGAAAAGAUUUUGGAGGAAAAUCAGAGAAAGAUCGAGGAAGCCCAGAAAAAACUGGCAGAAGAAAGGUUAGCAAUGGUAGAGGAACAACGGAAGAUAGACGAAGAACGGCAACGAUUGAAGAAAGAACAGGAGAAAAGGACGAAAGAAGAGCAAAAGAAGAUUCUAGGCAAGAACAAUUCCAGACCAAAGUUGUCAUUCUCUUUGAAACCAGGUUUAUAGCUAGUGAUUGUUUACAUUUUAUUUAGGUGGAACAGAUUAUUAAAUAUUAAGGACCUAAUCAGACGAUCAGUUGAUCAGUGGACUUUGCAAAACUUUAGUUAUAUAAAGUGGCUGGAGUAAUUUUUUUUAUUGUGUAUACACCAGUUAUCGAUCAUUUAAAAAUAAUAUAUAAGGUUCAAAAUAAUGUUUUGUUUUAUUGAUUUAAACAAUAGAACGUUUUGCGAUUAAUUUAUUCAAAGAAUAAGUUUGAGCAUCGAUUGGUAUAUUUUGCAAUACCGAUAUUAAAUUUGGCAUGUAAUAUCACUAUUAUAUAUCUCUAGUUUAAACUUAAUAAAGCUUAUACAU